UCAUCAUCAGUAAUAAACAAACAAAAUUCCACCUAAUUUCCCCUCCAAUUUGUUGCCCUCUGAUUUUCUCUCUCCUGAUUCUCUCUCUCUCUCUCUCUCUCUCUCUACACGGAAGCUCCAGCUUGGAGUUCCGACGGAGUCCUCCUUCUAGGAUUCGCAAUUCCCGUCCCAACACCGAGCUUCCUCAUCUAUCCGACAUAAAGAUCACGGCUUUCGCAGACUCCCUAUCACAUUUCAAGAAUCCUUGAUAGAUUUCGAACUCCGUCGUGUCGUUUCUAGGGUUUUCCGGUUCACCCGCGGAAAGAAAAAUGCCGGCUCACCGGUCGAAGUCGGACAAGAACGACGCGGCGAAGCAGCUUCGGCGCGACCCUUACGAGGUCCUCGGCGUCGGGAGGAGCUCUACGGAUCAGGAAAUCAAAAGCGCUUAUCGCAAAUUGGCUCUCAAGUACCAUCCUGACAAGAAUGCAAACGACCCCCAAGCAGCUGAUAUGUUUCAGGAGGUCACUUUCUCCUAUAAUAUUUUGUCUGAUCCAGACAAACGGCGUCAAUAUGACACUGCAGGGUUUGAGGCUGUUGAGUCAGAAAGCCAAGACUUGGAGCUAGAUCUCUCGAGUUUGGGUGCUGUUAAUACCAUGUUUGCUGCACUUUUUAGCAAACUUGGCGUGCCUAUCAAAACAACAGUUUCAGCAACUGUCUUGGAGGAGGCAUUAAAUGGUGUGGUAACAAGCCGUCCACUUCUGCUUGGACAACCAGUGGUUAAAAAGGUUGAAAAACAAUGUGCUCACUUCUAUUCUGUUAGCAUAACAGAGGAGGAAGCACGCUCUGGAUUUGUCUGCCGGGUGCAAUCAUCAGAUAAAAGCAAAUUCAAGCUAUUGUACUUUGAUAAAGUGGAAAACGGUGGAUUAAGCCUUGCACUUCAGGAGGAUAGUUCAAAAACAGGAAAAGUUACAUCUGCUGGGAUGUAUUUUCUUGGUUUUCCUGUGUAUCGGUUGGAUCAAGCAGCUCACUCAAUGGCAGCUGCUAAGGAUCCAGACAUGGCCUUCUUCAAAAAAUUGGAUGGAUUUCAGCCAUGUGAGUUAACUGAGAUAAAAGCUGGGACCCAUGUUUUUGCUGUAUACGGUGAUAAUUUUUUCAAAAGUGCAAGCUACACCAUAGAGGCCCUUGGUGCUGCACAGUUUACAGAAGAGAAAGAGAAUCUUAGAACUGUUGAAGCUCAGAUUUUAUCGAAGAGGGUGGAACUCUCAAAGUUUGAGGGUGAAUACAGAGAGGUUCUGCAACAGUUCACAGAGAUGACUAGUAGAUAUGCGCAAGAAAUGCAAGCAAUUGAUGAGCUUCUCAAGCAAUGGAACGAAAUUCACGCCUCAUACACUGUUGCUCCUCCAAUGAAAAGGAGCAGUAGUAGAAACAAGAAUAGAAGUGCAUCCAAGGACACAAAAGAAGAUGGAGAAGUAAGAGAGAAGAAGUCUACGACAAGAGAGAGGCCAAAGAAGAAAAAAUGGUAUAAUAUUCAGUUAAAAGUGGACAAACGGAAGCCGUGCUGAAAGGGUGAGGAAUUCUGAUAGUGACGUCAGCCUAUUGAAGUGCUUUAUUAUUCUGUGAUGACGGUGAUAUGCCUUUAUAGGCUUAUAGUCCCUUUGAAAAUUAUUGAGGGCCUAAUUCAGCUACGAUUGGAGCUGCAGACUCCUCCUCAUGAGUUGCAGUAGUCCAAUGCCGAAGCAAGGUUAUGGGAUGAAGUGAUUCCUGCGGCAGACCAUAAUCUAACAAAAGCCGAAUGCUGUUCGGCUUGCGGGUCUGUAAAGUAUCACAACUCAUUGUUCUUGUACAAUUAUUCCUUCUGGUAUUCAUGUGCAUUUGUGGUUCUCUUGUCCUUUUGUAAGAAUUUCCCACAUCCUACAUGUUAAGUGUAAAUUCUAUUUAUGGAGUUGUUUCUCUCAACCUUCGGUUGGGGCGUACUGUUGGAUUUGAAACCACGGAGAAAUAUGUCAAGAAGUUUGGGCUGGACAAAUUGUUUGUUGCCUACCUGAAUGUUGGGGAUCUAUUUUGUGGCAAUGGUGUACAUUAAUCUAGAAUGAAAUUAUUGAGUUAUUUUUGUUUA